AUGUUUGACCUCCCUCAACGUCCAUUUCGCCUUGCCAUACCUGUUACCAAGUUCGACUACCUAUCCUUCCACGUUUCUUGCUUUCUUUCUCUGAGGGUUGCUUCACUUUCCAAUCCAUCCAUUAUAAUUCGUGGUGACGAUACCUCUGCAAUGUCAUUGCAGUGGCCUUGGCACUUUGUUUCGGUUUCUCCCACGGAGAAACAACAUCGCCGCGAGCUUCUAGAUCUUCGCGGAUAUUAUGCACAAUGCUCGUUCUUACUUCUGAUAAUACUUGUACGGGUAUAUAACAGCUACUUUCGAACUGCUGAUAAACCGAAUGACUCCCGCACCCGCCGUAGGCAGAGGUCGUGGUGGGAUCUGCCCCCUUUUGCAAACUGGACAGAGACGCGUAAGCAGUAUACUAUCUGUAUUGCCUGGUUGGUGUGCCUGUUAGGCCUCGCAGUAUGGAAUUCUGGCAAUGACUACCUACAUCUCACCAAAGCCCUAGGUCACGUAGCUCUUUCCCAGCUACCCUUCCAAGUUCUCAUGGCUCCGGCAUUCUAUCUCAACCCCAACGGCCCAGCCACGCCAUCUACGAUGUCCAUCUUGACAUCUAUUUCGCAACCAGCACUGACUCCAUACCACCGCCUUUUCGGCAGGAUAGUCAUGUCCCCGUUACUAGCCGGACAUGCUGCGUUGUACCUAAACUUCUUCGCCCAGUCUAGUCAUCCAGAUUUCGGUUCUUUGCUCGCAAAGCGGAUCCAAGAUCCGGACGUUCAGUGGGGAUUUGGCGGUCUGACUUUCGCAGUCAUGAUCCUGUUGUUUGUCCGGCCGUUGCGUACUGCAUUCUGGGUGCAAUUGUGGCCGUCCUCUUCUGUUAAGGCUAGGAGGGAGGUGUUUUAUUAUAUGCACGUUUCGCUAGUGGCGUUGUUGUGUGUUGCGGCGUAUUUCCAUGUGGCUCAGGCACAGAUCUUCGUGAUUGAGGCUUUGGGUGCUUCAGCUCAACGGGGUGUGUGGUUUGCUGCUGGUGUAGAUGACGCAUCUUAUGAUGUGCUUAUG